AUGUUCUUUGAUAAUAUCACAUGUACUUCUGACGACCCAAAUGGUUUUUUAAGUAAUUUAUCAUGUUAUGUAAGUAAAAACGUAAAACGUCGAACGUUUUCCAUAGAGCUACAAUUUAAGAAAGAUUUACGCCACUUUAUGCUGAACAUGUGUGUUGUUUUACCUCGUAAAAAUGGUGCCGACUUUGUGCUUUUUAAUUUGACAAACAUCGAUGGAUGCAAAUUACUGUCGAAUAAAAAUCAAGCAACUUUUAUUAAACUAGGACGAUCGACCUUAGAUCGGUUUGGCAAUAUACCGCAUCAGUGUCCAUUUAAAAAAGACAUACUGUAUUAUAUUCGUGGUUUUCGGACCGAUAUGAAUAUGUUUCCAGCAUUUUCUUUCGAAGCUGAAAUGCUGCUAUGGUUUGAUCUUGUAGUGGAGCAUACGAAGGUUAUUAAAGGAUUUUUACGCAGUUUUGUUACGAUGAAGAAAAAUAAAAACAAUAAAUAUAAUUAA